AAAAUGAUUAAUUUUGGCAAGUUUACUCCGCCUUGAACAGUUUCCACGAUCGCAGCCAUAAAUUACGGCUUCGUCUGCUCUCUCCUCGAAUCCCCAUCGGCUACCUCCGUCGGUGGAUCUGGAUCUCCGAUCGAAGUCACGCCCGCAAGCACGCUAAGAUCUGUGAGAGAAUCCGACUGGGGAUGAGUUUUGCUCUCGGAUCCGGCAACAAGAUGACAUCUUUCUUCGGAUCUGCCUCCUGGUUCGUUGUUUUCUGCUGCCUGGCCUUUCUUCGAUUUGGCGACGGGUUUUAUCUACCCGGAAGCUACCCUCACGAGUAUCCGGUCGGAGAGGUCCUGCCGGUGAAGGUCAACUCGCUUACCUCCAUCGAGACGGAGCUUCCUUUCAGCUACUACAGUCUCCCCUUCUGCCGCCCUCAAGAUGGAAUCAAGGACAGCGCCGAGAAUCUAGGGGAGCUCCUCAUGGGAGACCGCAUCGAGAACUCCCCUUACCAGUUCAAGAUGUUCACCAACGAUUCCGAUGUCUUCGUCUGCCAAACGAAACCCCUUUCUGCUGAAGAUUUCAACCUCCUCAAGAAGCGGAUCGAUGAGAUGUACCAGGUCAACGUCAUCCUCGAGAACCUACCGGCGAUUCGGUACGCGAGGAAGGACGACUUCGUCCUCCGGUGGACGGGCUACCCAAUCGGAGUCAGAGCUGCCAAUUCCUACUAUGUGUUCAACCAUCUAAAGUUCACUGUUUUGGUGCACAAGUACGAAGAGACCAAUGUGGCGAGGGUGGUCGGAAGCACCGGUGACGCAGCCGAUGUGAUCCAGACCGCAGAUAAGUCGAGAUCUGGAAACGCAGGCUGGAUGGUGGUUGGAUUCGAGGUCGUGCCAUGCAGCGUCCUUCACAAUCUCGAGAAAACUAAGAAUUUGAAGAUGUAUGACAAGUACCCGGCAAAGGUCGAAUGCGAUCCUACUACUGUGGCCAUGAAGGUGAACGAGAACCAACCUAUAGUCUUCACCUAUGAGGUUGCCUUCGUCGAGAGUGAUAUCAAGUGGCCCUCUCGCUGGGAUGCUUAUUUGAAGAUGGAGGGAGCCAAGGUCCACUGGUUCUCUAUCCUUAAUUCAUUAAUGGUAAUUGCUUUCUUGGCCGGCAUCGUUCUUGUGAUCUUAUUGAGAACUGUCCGAAGGGAUCUUACCCGGUACGAAGAGCUGGAUAAGGAGGCGCAAGCGCAGAUGAACGAGGAGCUCUCUGGCUGGAAACUUGUUGUUGGAGAUGUCUUCAGGGCCCCAAGCCACCCAAUGUUGCUUUGCGUUAUGGUGGGUGAUGGUGUGCAGAUUCUUGGCAUGGCAGUUGUCACCAUCUUCUUCGCGGCACUUGGAUUCAUGUCCCCGGCAUCUCGGGGCACCCUCGUCACAGGGAUGUUGUUCUUCUACUUGAUUCUUGGAAUUGCAGCGGGGUAUGUCGCUGUUAGGAUGUGGAAGACAAUCAAAGGAGGGAAUCAUUCUGGUUGGAUUGCUGUUUCCUGGCGCGUAGCUUGUUUCUUCCCCGGCAUCGCCUUCCUCAUCCUCACCACAUUGAAUUUCCUGCUUUGGGGCAGCCAUAGCACUGGUGCGAUCCCAAUUUCCUUGUUCAUUGUGCUGCUGCUUCUGUGGUUCUGCAUCUCAGUUCCACUUACUCUUACUGGUGGAUACAUCGGCGCCAAGGCAUCACAUAUUGAGUUCCCUGUCCGGACUAAUCAAAUUCCUCGUGAGAUCCCUCCGCAGAAGUACCCAUCAUGGAUGCUGGUUAUCGGAGCUGGGACUCUGCCAUUCGGCACUCUGUUCAUCGAGCUCUUCUUCAUAAUGUCCAGUCUCUGGAUGGGCCGAGUCUACUACGUCUUCGGGUUUCUCUUAAUUGUGUUGAUUCUCCUUGUCGUCGUCUGUGCGGAGGUUUCUCUAGUUCUGACCUACAUGCAUCUGUGUGUGGAGGAUUGGAAAUGGUGGUGGAAAUCCUUCUUCUCUUCAGGAUCCGUAGCUAUCUACAUCUUCUUAUACUCGAUCAACUAUCUAGUAUUCGAUCUUAAGAGCUUGAGUGGUCCUGUGUCUGCCACACUCUACCUUGGCUACUCAUUGUUCAUGGUCACUGCUAUCAUGCUUGCUACUGGUACAGUUGGAUUCAUUUCGUCCUUCUGUUUUGUUCACUACCUCUUCUCAUCUGUCAAACUCGACUGAGCUACUUCUGAAACAAGAGCUCUGGAACUGAAGGCAUGAAUCCAUUGGCACAACUGGAACAGAUUAUUAUAGAGAAGAUGUCUGUAGCUUGAGGAAUCUACAAGGAAUAUGGUAGAUUGUAUGUGUGUUAUCAUUAAUAGCUGCGUUUUUUUUAUACCUGUCUUAGAACUUUUUAGUCAUAGAAUGUACUUGUUGGAUCAUUUGCUUCCUUUGUCACUGUCAUUUUUUGUUAAAUUCUGUUUUUUAUGUCAUAAACAUAAAUGAGAAUUGCCCAUUUGAUUCUUA